AGAUCGGGCCGAGGCCCAUGUCCAACAAGACAACUGAUUCGUGUCUCAGAAUCGAAGAAACCAGAAGGAGACACACACACGUACACACAUAAACGAAAAUGGGGGAAGUGUUAUUGGGAGUGGGUGUUUGUCAGAGUCAGUCCUCUUUACUAGUGGUGCGACCCAAGGUUGGAUUUCGAUCACUGCGUAAAACCCACAACAACAGUGUUAGCAGAAGUACCAUUCGUUGUUCAACCCCAACCCAGCUCUCGAAAUCGCCAUCUUCCUGUGGAUUUGGUGGUGUCAGAUUGGAUCUUCAACGACACUGCGUUUUGGCUUCUGGGGCUGUCUCUUCUGACCCUCUUCAAGCGUCCACUGUCUUUACUGUCGACUCCAUACAACCUGACAUCGGUGGUGGCGGAGACAGAGGCGGUUUUGGUGACAAAGGCGGUGGCGGUGGCGGUGGUGGAGGCGACGGUGACAACAACAGCAAGGGCGACGACGAAGGCGAAGAACAAAACAGCAAGAAAAUGGGGUCCAUGUCCAUGUCUCAGAAAUUAACUCUUGGAUAUGCUGCACUUGUUGGAGUGGGUGGUGUUAUGGGCUAUUUGAAGAGUGGCAGCCAGAAGUCACUGUUGGCAGGAGGAAUAUCUGCCUCACUGCUAUAUUAUGUUUUUUCUCAGCUUCCUGUGAGACCUGUUCUUGCAUCAUCCGUGGGGCUUGGCAUUUCUGCUGCUCUUCUGGGAGUGAUGGGUGCUCGUUUUAAGAAAUCAGGGAAGAUAUUUCCAGCAGGUGUUGUAUCUUUAGUUUCACUUAUUAUGACCGGUGGUUACUUACAUGGAAUUAUGCGAAGUCUACACUAAAAGGUACACGAGUGAGAUUCCUGAAGCUAUAUGGUAGUCGCCAAGAUCUCUAACAUAUCUCAUUUGGUAAAAAGGAUCAGUCGUUUGGCAUGUAGACCAGUGCUAUAAGAGCAGUUUGAAGUUUUUGUUUGGACCAUUGUUCAUCUUUUUAUGAUGUGUGAUAUCAUCUUUAGGCGUGACAAAAUAAAGUUUGGACCUUGAUUUUUAGGCGGCUUUUGAUAACUCUGCUCACAGAAUGCAUUCCCGUUCUAAUAAUGUGUUAUGAUAGAAUGCAUUUUUAUUUUUUGUUUUUAAAGAAAUUGCAUUUGGUAUUAUGUUGACUUUUAAUGAAAUGUAAUUAUUUGGAAUGGUAUUGUGUUAUGAUAAAAUAUUUUGUUCCCUUGACCAUACUGAAA